AUGAUUAUAGUAGAUUUAUUUUUGUGGUUAUGCAUAUCUAUUGGACAUUUUAUUACUUUAAAAUUAGCUCUAAAGAAUUAUAAAAAGUAUUUUGAAAUAGGAAGUUUGAAAUAUCUUAACUGGCAGAGUAUUUUAAAAUUUAAUCAAUCUGAUAGAUUUAAAGUGUUAGAUUUGAUUUGUGAUGAAAGUAGUUUGUAUGAGGGACAAAUGAAAAGAAGAGAACAAUAUUUAAAGAAUAAUAUAUUUUCGACAUCAGAAGAAUGUUCCGUUUUAGAGUUUUUAAUACAUCAUAUUAAUAAAUAUCAGAUGGAAUUAUAUGGUAACGUGCAUAAAUUAAGUUUGAAUGUACAGGUAUUAUUAGAAAAUAAACAUUUAAAAGAGAAAUUUUUACAAUUUAUGUGUAGAAGUAGAAAGGAGUGUAAUAUAUAUGAAAGUGAAAGAUUUAAACAAGAACAAGAAAAGGGUGUAGAAUUUCACGAUAAUAACAACUAUAAAUUUUCACAAGAGAAUGUUCCUGCUUCAAAAGUAGUUGAUCCAUUUAAUUUGUUUACAAAUUAUUUUUAUUUUAUAAAAUAUUACAGUGUUUUUAAUAGUGAUCAUAUUAUAUAUAUGCAUCUUUUAAAUUUUGUUGGAAUUUUAAAUGGAAAUAAUGAUGCUUACGUAAGUUCCUUGUAUUUACCAGGAUAUUAUAAUGCCAUUCAGCUUUCUUAUAAAGAUCAGAUUGGAUUGAAAGACUUAUAUCAAAAUCUUGUAAAAUGUGUUGAGAAAUGUUAUAUGAGAAAUAGAAAAAAUAGGUCCUUUUCUCACAGAAUUGCUUCAAUUUUUCGUCAUAAGAAAUUUGAUAGUUCAAAAUGUAGUAUUUGUGAAGGAACCCUAUUAUAUAUAAAUAAUCAAUCUCAGGAUAAAAUAUCUAUGGCACAGAAAUUUUAUAUAUAUGUAACAAAAAUACUAAAAGUCAAUAAUAUAAGUUCCUUUAUAACAAAUAUGAAUAUUUAUGAGGAUUAUAGUAAUUUCUUAAUGCACGAUUUAAAUUGGUAUACCUUUUUAUUCUUAUUUAGAAUGACAACAUAUAAAGAUAUACCUAAUUAUAGCAUUUCUAAUGCCAUGUAUUUAAGUAUAAAAGAUGAAGACGAUACAAAAAGAACUAUGGUUACUUUCCAUUGGAUGCCUUCAACUAUAAAGAGAAUGCAUAAUCAUCGUAUAAAAAAAUAUGUAUCUAUAUAUUUAUUAGAAGAACUGGAAAAGCUAAUUGAUAAUAAAUUGAUAGAGAAGGUUAAAAAAUGCAUAACAUUUUUAGUCCAUCUAAAUGCAUUUUUACAAUUAGAUUUCUUUAACUAUUUAAACGAAACACCUGCAAAUCUUCAACACCCUUUCCCCCUAAGUAUGAUGGUAGAAGCUAGAUUUAAAGAUUGGUUUAUUCAAUAUCUCACUGGUUUCUUUUUUAUAAAUUAUGACGAUUCAAAUACAAGAUAUAACAUGCCUGAAAAUAUGAAACGAGGUACCUUUAUACCACCGAAAUAUAGUAAAUGGAAUAUUCACUUAAAAAGAUUUAUUGAUGAUGCCUUUUUUAUGUAUUUUAAUCAAAAACAUGCCCUAACAUUGUUCAAAUAUCAUAACCCAUAUAAUAUAAGUAAUAAGAUUAUGCUAAUGAGAGAUACAUAUGAAUUAUAUACAAAAAAUUAUGAUAAACUUAUCUUUGGAGCUGAUAUUAUGCUUUUAAGAAAAACAUUUUCUUGUACUCCCAUGUCUAGUAAAGUAUGGGAUAGAGUUAAAUAUUUUUUGCAUAAUAUUAUUGGAAACCCUCUCAACUAUUACAAACAUGGUCUUAUAUAUGCAUAUACCUUAAAUAAAGCAAUGUUAAAAGAAGUCGUAAAUGAUUUUUUUGUUAUAUAUAAAAUGAACAAAGAUAUAUUUUCAGGAACCUCUUUCUUACAAACAGUCUAUCUACUCUUUAAAAAAAUACAAGCUACCUAUUUUUCUCACAGAAGAAAUGAUGAUGUGAGUAUGAACAACAUUUUCAUGUUUAAUCUGGAAAAAAAUUAUUCUAAAAUGAACCAAGCUGAUAGAGAAAAAGAAAUUCAUGAAUCUAUGGCAUCCAGAUUUUUUGCAAAAACUUUAUUUACAGUAUUUCAAAUGAUGUUCGUUAUACAAAUAAGUAAUGAUGUAGAUAAACUUGAUAGAAUAUAUGGUAAAGCAGACAUGUUGCGUUUAUCUGUACAUGAUGAACCUUUCUUACGUUUUGCCUACGCUUACUAUGGUAGUAUGUAUGAUAAAUUAACAAAUGUCUUUUUCCCAAUGCAUAUAAAAAAACCAACCAUCCAACUCAAAUACGGAAAAACAUUUAUUAUGGCUAAUUUGUAUUAUUUAUGUUCAGUUAUUUUCUCUAUGUACAACUUAAAUAAUUUAAGUCUUCUAUGUGAAUAUCAAGCCAUAGGAAGUUCCAAUUUCCAUUCAUAUAAAAAAAUGUCACAAUUUAUUGAUAAAAAAUUCAUACCAUUAGUAUUUUAUACACUUAAGGCAAGAACCGAAAGUGUUAUGAAAGCCAAUAGUUGGUAUAAUAUGGUUUUUAAUGAUUUUGAUACUACAGCAAUGUCCACCACUUGGCCCUUUUUGGGAUAUUAUAUGGGAGGUAAUAUGUUAUAUAGAAAUAUUUUAUAUUUUCCAAAUCACUUACCUGAAGAAUUAAAAAAACAAACAAAAGGUGUAGAAUUAGCACAACCAGAUUAUGAACCUUCUGUUCAUAGUAUUGAUUGGCAAGUAGGAUAUGCCAUUAGUCAUGGUUUAUCCCUUUCAUUUUUUACAUAUGGUAUGAUGAAAGCUUAUGCUUAUUUUGAAAAUGUUAUAUUUUUCUUGAGAAACUCUAUCCGUAUUUUUGAUAGGUUUUAUUCAAUUUUAGAAAAUUAUGUGUGUAUGUAUAUUAAAAGAUUAUUCAAUAAAUUGACUGUUGAUAAAUUACUCAAGGCAAUGUCAAGAGCAUAUACAUCUACUAAAAAGGAAGGUGCUUAUGAAGAAGCAAUGUUAUCGAGAGUUCGUGAUAAAGAGAAGGUAGAAAAGGAAGUAGAAGAGGAUAAACGUACUGACUUAUCUACUCUUCCAACAUUUGAUAUAAUGGAUUUUGAAAAGAAUACAAAUUAUAUGUAUAAGGAUAAUGAAGAUUAUUUUGAUGAUUUAGAUGAUAACGAAGAAUUUUUAAAUAGUAAGGAUCUUCUAUAUUAUGAUGAUGGUAUAGAUAGAACAAAACGUUAUGAAUUAAUUCCUUUGGCACGUUAUCGUUAUGAUCCUUUUUAA